AUGACCCCGGCGGGCCGGCUUAUAAAUCCCGGCCCCGGGCCUCUCCCCAGAGCCCUCAGCCGGCCCCACUGGACGGAGCCGAGGCAGCCGGGCCCCAUCGCCUCCCUCCCCCUCCUCCCCGCCUGCAAACCCUCCUGCGCGUCUCUCUUCAUCGUCCCGCCACCUUUCUCCCUGCUCCCGCCCGCCUGGGCCCGGCUCCCUCCCCGGGGGCUGGCAGCUUUGAGUGCCGUCGGCGCCCCGAUCUCUCUGCCCUUCGCUCCCUCGCGACUGCCGGGAGUUCGAGGAGGAGCGGGUACCGGGACCAGGAGGGGGGCCAUGGAGCUUUUCAGCCCGGAGAGGGUCACCUUCGGCCUCUGGGACUACGCCGUCUUCGGCCUGAUGCUCCUCGCCUCCACGAGCAUCGGGCUCUUCCACGCUCUGGCCCGGGGCGGCCAGAAGACGUCGGAGGAUUUCUUCACGGGUGGCCGGCGCAUGGGCGCCGUGCCGGUGGGGCUGUCGCUGUCAGCUAGCUUCAUGUCGGCCAUCCAGGUGCUGGGGGUGCCGGCCGAGGCCUAUCGCUAUGGGCUCAAGUUCCUCUGGAUGUGCCUGGCUCAGGUGCUCAACUCCAUCCUCACCGCCUUCCUCUUCCUGCCCGUCUUCUACCGGCUGGGGCUCACCAGCACCUACGAGUACCUGGAACUUAGGUUCAGCAGGCUGGUGCGCCUGUGUGGAACCUUUCAGUACAUCGUGGCCACGAUGCUCUACACAGGGAUUGUUAUCUACGCCCCAGCACUGAUCCUCAACCAAGUGACUGGACUGGACAUUUGGGCCUCCCUCCUCUCCACGGGAGCCAUCUGCACCUUCUACACCACUGUGGGCGGGAUGAAAGCCGUGGUUUGGACAGAUGUGUUCCAGGUGUUUGUGAUGCUGGCCGGGUUCAUUGCCAUCUUGAUCCAGGGCACCAUCCUGCUGGGUGGGACCAGCCGGGUGUUGGAGAUCGCCAACGAACACUCGCGGGUCAACCUGGGAGACUUCAACGCCGACCCCCGGAGCCGCUACACCUUCUGGACAUUCAUCUUCGGGGGGACCAUGGUGUGGCUGUCCAUGUACGGGGUGAACCAGGCCCAGGUGCAGCGCUACGUGGCCUGCAAAACGGAGAAGGAGGCGAAACUAGCUCUGCUGGUGAACCAGGUGGGACUGUUCUUCAUUGUGGGUAGUGCUGUCAGCUGCGGCAUUGUCAUGUUUGUGCUGUACAAGGAUUGUGACCCAUUGCUGGCCGGGUACAUCUCGGCCCCUGAUCAGUACAUGCCCUACCUGGUCCUGGACAUCUUUGAGAAGUUUCCAGGGGUCCCUGGGCUCUUCCUGGCCUGUGCCUAUAGUGGCACCUUGAGCACAGCAUCCACCAGCAUCAACGCCAUGGCGGCUGUGACAGUGGAGGAUCUCAUCAAGCCCCGGUUGCCAUCCCUGAGCCCCCGGAAACUCACCCUCAUCUCCAAGGGGCUCUCACUCAUCUACGGCUCCGCCUGCAUCACGGUCGCUGCUCUGUCUUCGCUUCUUGGAGGAGGGGUGCUGCAGGGCUCGUUCACCGUCAUGGGGGUGAUCAGUGGCCCGUUGCUCGGUGCUUUCAUCCUGGGAAUGUUUGUUCCCAUCUGUAACACGACCGGUGUCUUCUCCGGCCUGGGAACCGGGUUUUUUCUGUCUUUCUGGGUGGCAGUGGGUGGCACCCUGUACCCACCCAGCCCGGACACCAUGGGGGUGCUGCCCACCUUUGGGGACCUGUGUCCACUGUAUAAUGCCAGUGAAGGGAGACUCAACAGCACCAUCGUCCUGGGCCCGCUGCCGCCACGGAACGCCUCCACCCCCGCAGACAGACCAGCCAUCGCCGACACCUUCUAUGCUAUCUCCUACCUAUACUUCGGAGCCCUGGGCACCUUAACUACAGUGGUGGUGGGCAUCCUCACCAGCUACCUGACAGGCCCCACCAAGCGAAACUCCCUAGGGCCAGGGGUGCUCUGGUGGGACAUCAUGAAACAAACAUCGUCCGUGGCCCCUCUGGAGAAGGACAUGCUGGAGGAUGGGCUGGCCAGGGAUCCUGAGGAGUGGCCCCGGGGGUUCAAGAAGGCCUCAACCCUGCCCACCUUCCUCCCCAAGGAUGGACACCACAAACAGCUGCUGGAAAGGAAGCCGGAUGAAUGGGAGGGGCUGUGGGCUCCCAGCUUCCUGCUGAGGGAGACCAACGUCUAGGCUGUGGGUCCAGCCCCCAGCCUCGUAGGGAAGGACCGUGCAGAUGCCAGGGGAGGGCUGGCCCAUCCAGUCAUGGGAACCCUGACACUGAGGAAACCCUCCAUUAGAGCCAACCCAUACCAACUGGCAAUCCCCUCCCUCCCAGAGCCCAAGGGGAUGAGUCCCCCUUCAUCUCUGAUUGGUUGGGCAUUAUCUUAUGCAAAUCAUUAGGGCUUCCACCUUCCCAGAUGAACCAGACCCGGUAUUUUCUACAAUCACCUCUGGUGGCAGGAGAAGGACCAAAAGCCCAAUCUGUCUCUCCUUAAUUCAGACAGAAGGCCUGCAGUCUCGACAACAAGAGGGAAGUCAGAGCUCCGGACCAGUCCUUGUGGCUCACUGGGGUGUAUGUGCCCCUCCUCUAUCUCUGCACUGAGAUGGGAAAGGGAACCCAGGUGGGGAGCCAGAGCCCAGCUGGGAUUUCAGCAUGACAUCUUCCAAGAAAGACCCAGAGCAGAGAACCAGCAGGAACGCAAUCUCAAUGUUCUCUGGGCUGGAAUAGCCCACUGGAGUUCAUUUCAUCCAUCCCCCUGCCUCAAAGCAGGGUUAGACCCAACUAAGCCGGUUAAGCUCGUCUUCAAAGAUCUGGCAUAGAGGUGGCAACAGACUGUCCCUAAGAACUGGCUGUGCCCAUCUCACAUGCACUCUCACUGUCUCUGUUUCCCCCACUCUUCCUUCAAACAUCUUUUGGGUUCUCCUUUGCUCACAGCCUUCCCUUACCAGCUAACGCCAUGGAGCCUUGGGGCUGGAGACCCUGCCUUUCCCGGGAAACAUAAAGACAGGAGACACAUACCCCUCUGUUCUCUUUGAUGGGAUGAGGCUGGGGGUGCGAGGGACUGGAGGGGAACUAUUUCAAGGUCAGAAAGAAGGGUGGGAAGCCAAAUUCAGCCUCUUCUGGGGCAGGUCCUCCCUUCUCACAGCCUCAGUCACUGACAACUUUCAGUAUCACCUGUGCAGACACCUUCACGUCUCCCCCCUUCGCCCUCACUGUCCCCAAGGCUAAUCGGAACCACAAAAUGCUCUGGACCAGAAUGAUGGGCUUCAGGGAGCCCAGCAUGGGGCAGAGGACAGCAGCAGGAAAGGGGAAACAACCUCCCUGACCUUCUCGCUGCCAUUGCUGUCAAUGCUGCCACUUCCACCACUGUCCCUCAGAUGACCCCAACAGAAACUUCCACCAUGGUGGCGGUCAUGGACUUUGGCUGCUCUCUGCCCCUCAUGGAAAAUGUUAUCUUGGUAACCAAAUUUCCCGUAGGUUGGCGUAUGUGACUGUGUUCCUCUGUCUCUCACUGUCUGUUGCUCACUGUCUGUCUCUCGGUCUCACCGACUGAUUGUCUCUCACUGUCUGUGUUCCUUUCCGGCCUUCCCUCCUACCUGACUCCAUUAAGUUUGGACUCUAGGUGUCGAUUUCCACCCCCGCCCCCCCGAACCACCUCCACUAUGAGCCUGGAAAACAGUCACUUUACCCCUUAACCAAGGGGCUCAUGCCAGGACUGAGGCCAUACACUGCUGCGUUGACCAGCCCCGGGACUUGUUCGGUGAUCACCUCUGGUUCGUUGCCAUCGCUUCCAGAUGUAAAUUGCUGCACCUGAAAUUCACCCAACAGGUCAGGGCUUCCCUCCCCACCCUCCCAGCUUUCACCAAACCUGCCACAAGUAGCAACGUGCAGAAGUUUGGGUUCCUCCUAUUCUCCCUGUCCCUGUUUCUCCUCCCCAUGCUUCCUCCACCUCCUGCCAUCACUCCCAUCCCAGGGGGCAAGGAGGGGAGGUGGCCAGGAGCUUGGGUAUGCACAUUCUGGGAUUCCAGAACAUUUUGCCCUGGCAAUACUCCAAGAGGGCAGCGGGUCCAGGAAGGAGAGCCCUCAAAUUGGGAAAUCUCCCAGCCGGGAAUUCCCAAGCAGGGAAAGCAGGAAACCCAGUGGCAGCCAUAAUCCAGGGUUGGAAACUUUGUUCCCCCUCCCCUCUGCACCCUUCCAAAUUCCAACCUGACCAGUGAAACACCAAGGAACAGAAUUUUCUGUGAAAACCCCACUCCUAGAAAGUGCUGAUUCAGAACCAGGAAACUGGUCUCCUUGGGAGUGUUGGGGGUCAUGGAGGCAGUGGAAUCGAGGAAGAGGUAGAGUGGGAUGCUGGGAGAUAAAGGCUUUGGCU